AUGAGUAGAGGAAGCGGCGCUGGUUAUGAUCGUCACAUCACUAUCUUCUCACCGGAAGGUCGUCUCUUUCAGGUUGAAUACGCUUUCAAGGCCGUGAAAACAUCUGGUAUCACUUCCAUCGGAGUUCGAGGGAAGGACUCUGUUUGCGUCGUUACCCAGAAGAAAGUUCCGGACAAGCUUUUAGAUCAGUCUAGCGUUUCACACCUUUUUCCAAUCACCAAGUACAUUGGAUUGGUAGCUACUGGGAUUACAGCUGAUGCAAGGUCUUUGGUCCAACAAGCGAGGAAUGAAGCGGCUGAAUUUCAAUUCAGUUAUGGAUACGAGAUGCCUGUUGAUAUUCUUGCUAGAUGGAUCGCGGACAAGUCACAGGUUUACACUCAACAUGCUUACAUGAGACCCCUUGGAGUUGUUGCUAUGGUUUUGGGCGUUGAUGAGGAGAAUGGUCCCUUACUUUACAAGUGUGACCCAGCUGGACAUUUUUACGGUCACAAGGCAACUAGUGCGGGUAUGAAGGAACAAGAAGCAGUCAAUUUCUUGGAGAAGAAAAUGAAAGAAAACCCAGCUUUCACAUAUGAUGAAACCGUGCAGACUGCCAUAUCCGCUUUGCAAUCUGUUCUUCAAGAAGACUUCAAGGCUACUGAGAUUGAGGUUGGAGUGGUGAGAGCAGAGAACCCGGAAUUCCAUGCAUUGACAACGGAAGAGAUUGAGGAGCAUUUGACAGCCAUUAGUGAACGAGACUGA